AUCUAAUUGUUCGGCCAUUUCAAUUUUCAAUAUUACUUACAAAAUGGCGACUGCUAGUACUUCUGAGUUGAAGGAUACUCUUGCUCAAUAUGAGGCACAGUACGACCAGGUAGAAGCAGCUUUGACAAACGAGCCAGAUAAUGAGGAACUUUUGAAACUGAAAUCAGAUCUCACUGAUGUCAUAACGUUAACAAAGGAUCUCAUUGAGCUAGCACCUCAGAAAAAGAAGAAAACAUCCACUGAAUGGAAGCAAGGCGACUCUUGCAAAGCUCUCUGGAGCAAGAAUGGAAAACACUUUAAUGCAGUAAUUGACAUGAUAUCUGAGGAUGGACAGACGUGUACGGUUACUUUCGAUGGCUAUGGAACAACAGAGAUUACUCGUAUCACUGACUUAAUGCCUAGAGACUGGGAGGCACCAAUGAUACCAGUGGAAAGAGAAAGAGCAAAAACUUCAAGACAAAAGAAGAACGAUCUUAGAGAGAUAAAGAAAAAGAAAAACGAGAAAAAGAAAGCAAGAAUGCAAAUCAUCGAUCAGCACAGAGAAGGUGAGAAGCAAAAAUGGAAAAACUUCUCUGCCAAAUCAAUGAAGUCUAAAAGUGGGCCACUUAGUGGUAAGAUUAAGAAGAGUAUAUUUGCAGUUCCAGACUCUACAGAAGGAAGGGUCGGUAUUGGUACUUGUAAUAUAGGAGGAAAGGGAAUGACUGAUUAUGCACAACCUAAAAGUUAUCUCCAUUGAUCAAUAGAUACUGUAUAUGCACACACAGCACUAUUCUCAUUAAAAAUUAAAUUAUGAAUAAGUAUACGGAAAGAUUA